AUGAAUGAGUGUGAACAGAGAUGCUCAACAUACUAUGACAAUGUCCGUCCACUAGCCUAUCCAGAUUCAGAUGCUGUUCUUAUCUGUUUUGACAUUAGCCGUCCUGAAACUCUGGACAGUGUCCUUAAAAAGUGGCAGGGAGAGACACAAGAAUUCUGCCCUGGCGCCAAAGUAGUUUUGGUGGGCUGCAAACUGGACAUGCGCACAGACUUGAACACUUUACGGGAACUCUCCAAACAGCGCCUUAUCCCUGUUACACAUGAGCAGGGCAGCAUGCUGGCCCGGCAGUUGGGUGCUGUGGCAUAUGUAGAAUGCUCUUCCAAAGUCUCAGAGAAUAGUGUGCGGGAUGUUUUCCAUGUGACCACAGUGGCCUCAGUCAAUCGGAUUCAUAAGCACCUCAAGCGCAGCAACUCAAAGCGAGGACUGAAGCGGAUUACGCAGAUGCCUGGACGGACAGAUUUAUUGACUGACUCUGAGAUCCGCAAAGACCGGGCCAAGAGCUGCUCGGUGAUGUGAGAGCCAGCACAACUGCAGAGGGGCUGAAGUAUAGCACUGCCUGUCCAUAUCACUUUGUGUAGUAACUGGGAAUGGAAGGUUCUCUGCACUGAGGGCCACAUUCCCCAGGAUGUAGGUCAGAACAAACCAAGGCCUGUCAGGAAGCUGAGUUGGGAGGGAUCUGCCUGAAACUGCAAAUGCUCAGCAUAGUGCAAAAGCAUCUAGAUGGCCCAUAGUUGCACAAAAUACAGAAAUGCUCAGGUAGUAGACAUCUUCCAAAGAAAGGAACACUUCCCCAUGAGAAGCACUGGAGGUGAUACAUACUUCAAAUCUUCUUAAGAGUUAUUAUUUCAGAAUUAGUUUCAAAUGUGAUGUCCAGACAACCCAAGUAUCUGGCAUUUUUGGUUGCUGUGGGGUGUGGCAACCAGUCCACGCCCACAGCAUGUGUGCACAUGUAUAUUUGUGCUCAUGCUUGAGGGCAGUC